AUGAACGACAUUUCGAGUGAGAAAAGAUCUAUAGCAGUAAAGAAUCCAUUCGGAAAGCGAGAAUUCCUGUUGAAGCUUCCAGUCGGUAGUAGUGCUGAUGGUGGACGUGCAUGGGAAGCGAGUGCGAUUGCAGACGUGAGAUGGUUCAUAGCGGAUACUUUAAAACCGCAUAUGUUUGUUUGGUUAAGUGGAUUACCUUCCAAGUUCUCAAAUAAAGAAUUAGCUGACGAAGUGAAAUCCGGACUCUGUGGGUUGGAAGAAUGCAUUGAUGAGAUGCUCGCCGCCGUUUUUCACGAUUUCGCUUCCGAGAACCUUCACAAAGAAAUCUGGCGGCAUGUCCCUGAUCUACUUUUUCCUCGUCAUGAUUGGGCUGAGUUGACUAGAAGGCUAAUUCCAUUGAUGAUCAACCAUUUUACUUCUAUUCGAUGUAUGAACGUGGUCGAAGCAAACACGUGCAGGCGAGAUCCCCUUGAACAGGGUGAUUUUUUCGAUCACAUCCUCUCGAAAAGAUCCGGUAAACUCGAGAAACGACGGUCUACCGCUAACGCGAUGCGUGAUACCAUAGAGUAUAUGGUCAAAGGUCGAUUUCAACUGAAUCAGCUUAUAAUUGCUGUGAUUCACGCCACGUAUGUCAAAGUAGGAAAAGCGUACAUAGAGCAUAUUCUGGAGCGAACUGGUGGCUUAACCAAUGAACAAAUGGAAGAGAUAUACGAGGUUCUGUGGACUUGGCUGAGUGCCGUCCCAUUGCCAGACCAAAAUGACUUAAGUCAAAUCAGCGACUGGGGCAAGGACUUUCUCAGAAAGACCAUCAUCGAUCGCCUCACUAGCCAGAUAUAUGACAUGGCUGUCGUUAAUUUUCCGAAGUCAUAUCCUACGCUUUCAACGUUAAGGAACUGCAUGAUCAACGUACGAGAAUAUGGUAGAGAGAAGCUGGUGAACACACUAAUAGAUGACAUUGAGUCACAGUUAUUACAUAUCGCUGUGGAUACACCAACAAUCCUUAAUGGUUAUUCUUUAUGUGUGGAAUCUCUCAGAGAGCUCGAUCCAUCGUGUGUCAUCAUGCACCGAGUGUGCAAAGUAAUAAAAGAAUACCUGAAAAGACGCCCUGAUACUGUACGACAAAUUAUCAACUACAUCACAUCGGAGAAACGUGAUGAUUUGGCAGCGCAUUUGGCGAAUCGAUGUGGGACUAUUGUGGAUGAAGACGAGUUAACUGGAGCCAACGAUGAUUUCCUUCCGGAAGCUAUGAACUUAUCGCAAUGGAGACAUUGGACGCCUGAUCCCAUUGACGCGACUCCAGGUGAAAGUGGCCGUUUCCGGCAAGCGGCCGAUGUGUUUAACAUGCUUGUGUCUGUUUAUGGUAGUAAGGAAAUGUUUGUGAAGGAAUAUCGUCAAUUACUUGCCGAAAGAUUAACCAGUAGUAAUACAAAGGACCCGAUUUUUGAAAGACGGUACCUUGACCUUCUCAAACUUCGAUUCAACGAAGGUGAGCUACAACAGUGUGAGGUGAUGCUCAAAGACAUUCGAGAUAGUCAAAGAAUUGACAGAACAGCCCUUGGAAGAAAGUGUAUCCCUGUGUCAGCCUGUGUGAUAUCCUCGCAUUUCUGGCCGAAAAUCGUUUCGGAAACAGUUUCGGAGUUUCCCCAAGCACUCGAGGAAGCUUUGACAGAAUAUGAGAAGUCGUUCAUGGAUCAUAAAGAAUCCAGGAAAUUACAGUGGAUGAGAGCGGUCGGAUGCGUGGAAGUCACGUUAAAGCUUGGCGAUGUGGAAAUAGACAAAGUUGUUCCGAAUCCGACAGCAGCAGUACUUUACUUGUACUUAGAAAAAGAGAGCUGGACGGUAGCAGAGGUAGCGGAAAGACUUUCCAUUUCGAAAGGGGUUGCUCGUCGACGCUUGGAAUGGUGGCGAACCCAAGGGCUUCUGGCACAGAACCUCCCAACUGGCGCUACAGCAGAAGAAUGGUCGCUAGUAACGAAUCCUAGUCUAUUGGCCACUUCAAGAGGCGCUGCUGACGAUGAAUCGGAUGAAGACGAGGGUGCCAUCGAAGAGACAGCAGAUGCAAUUGAUGCUCUGGAGCAGUACUGGAGUUAUACGAAGAACUUUAUAGCCAACCAUGAUAACGGAGAAGUAAAAGCAGAACGUAUGCAUCGAAUUUACCGUAUGUUCUCUUCACCAUCAGCCCAAGGACCAUCGCUUGAAACAGUGACAGCGUUCCUGAUGAGGAAGGUGAAAAUGAACCUACUCACCUACAACAACGGAUUCUUCCGUGUAGUCAAAGAAAACACCACAAAGGGGAACGAACGGUGA